UCAGUCUCGCCACGCGCGGCCCCGGGACAGCGUGACCGCGUCUGGACAGCGAGGAUAAUCCCCCCGCGAGGCGCCGCGGCACCGACGCCCCCCUGUCCGUCAAGUUCAGGGACGCGCUUUGACUCUAAACACCGCGAACGCGCGCUACACUUUCGCUUUUGAAGCGAGCAGCUCAGCUCUCCUGGAGGGAUGGACCAUUAAGCAAGUUUCAGCUGUUCACUGGCUCCCAGUUUAUUUUGGUUCCAUGUGGAACCUUCACGCGUGCCCUUUUCACGAGAGGAUUAGUCUCUGGACUGAAUUUGCACUGGACUGAGGUAGGCUCCCUACCAUGAACUUGGAAAGCAUGAGCAAUUUUCUUUCCACUGUGGUGCAAACGGACAAGCACCUCUGUUUUAAGCCUAAGACUGUCAGAAAUAAUUUUUUGGUUCCACCAGAACUCGCUUUUUUCACUUUCCGCUGAGGUCACUUACUGGUCUUUGUGGGAUGUUAGUUAGUUAGUAAGCUAGCUAGGUAGCUUGGGAAUCAGCCACAUUACUAUGGCAUAUCACCUGAAGACUCUGGUCUGGAUCUUCCUCUGGUGCCAGCUGGUGAGCGACGGGUCCUCGUUGGACAUUGGAGCUUACGAUGGCGAGCGUGGCAGGCCAGCGAAAUGUGAGCCCAUCACCAUCCCCAUGUGCCAAGGGAUUGGCUACAACAUGACACGGAUGCCCAAUUUCAUGAAGUACGAAAGUCAGGAGGAGGCAAGUAUCAAGCUCAACGAGUUCGCCCCUCUAGUGGAGUACGGCUGCGACGUUCAUCUCCGCUUUUUCCUGUGCUCCCUUUACGUGCCCAUGUGUACCGACCAGGUGUCCACCACUAUCCCGGCAUGUCGUGCCAUGUGCGAGCAGGCGAGGCAGAAGUGCUCCCCCAUUAUGGAGCAGUUCAGCUUUGGCUGGCCGGACUCGCUAGACUGUUCCAAGUUGCCGACUAAUAAUGACCCCAAUGCACUCUGCAUAGAGGCUCCUGAGAAUGACACUGUGCCUCCGACCAAGAAAGGGGAGGGCAUGCUGCCUGUUCCUGCCCGGCCCAGACCUCCCGGGACAGGGGCUGGGAGGCCAUCUGGUGGAUCUGGAUCCUGCGAGAACCAUGAGAAGUUCCAGUACGUUGAGAAGAGUGAGUCGUGUGCCCCAAGGUGCUCCCCCACAGUGGAUGUGUUCUGGUCCAGGCAGGACAAGGACUUUGCCUUCAUCUGGAUGGUUGUGUGGUCUACUCUUUGCUUUGUGUCCACUGCCUUCACGGUCCUUACUUUCCUUCUGGACCCCCAACGCUUCCAGUACCCCGAGCGGCCCAUCAUUUUCCUCUCCAUGUGCUACAACGUCUACUCUGUGGCCUUCAUCAUUCGCUCUGUGGCUGGAGCUGAGAACAUUGCUUGUGAUAGAGAAAACGGACAGCUGUACAUCAUACAGGAGGGCUUGGAGAGUACAGGGUGCACUAUAGUGUUCCUCAUUCUCUACUACUUUGGGAUGGCCAGCUCUAUCUGGUGGGUCAUCCUCACUCUCACCUGGUUUCUGGCUGCUGGACGCAAAUGGGGACAUGAGGCCAUCGAGGCUCACAGUAGCUACUUCCACAUGGUGGCCUGGGGCAUCCCUGCCAUGAAGACUAUUGUCAUCCUCACCAUGCGUAAGGUAGCUGGGGAUGAGUUGACUGGGCUGUGCUAUGUGGGGAGCAUGGACACCAACGCUCUGACAGGCUUCAUUAUUAUUCCCCUCUCCUGCUAUCUGAUUAUAGGCACCUCAUUCAUCCUCACAGGUUUUGUGGCACUCUUUCACAUACGCAAGAUCAUGAAAACAGGAGGCACCAACACAGAGAAGCUGGAGAAGCUCAUGGUCAAGAUCGGGGUGUUCUCCAUCCUGUACACUGUGCCUGCUACCUGCGUGAUCAUUUGCUACUUUUAUGAGAGACUCAACAUGGACUACUGGAAAUUCCGAGCUUCUGAGAGCAAGUGCGUCUCAUUUCCCGGCCGCAGGACAGAGGACUGCACCCUGGACUCUUCAGUCCCCACUGUGGCUGUGUUCAUGCUAAAGAUAUUUAUGUCCCUGGUGGUGGGCAUUACUAGUGGGGUUUGGGUGUGGAGCUCAAAGACUCUUCAGACCUGGCAAGGCUUGUGCGCCAGAAAACUGGCGAUGCGGACAACUCGCAAGCCCUGUCCCAGCGUGAACUGUGGUGGCUCCCACUGCCAUUACAAGUCGGCUGCAGCCACGCUCCACUCAUCCAAAACAGACCCAUACACAGACUUCCCCACACGGGUAUGACGCACUCGGGCCUGACACUGUGCUGCUGCCAAGCAUGGACAAAACAGAGACAUUGUGACUCAAAGGGAUGCUCAGGGUGGACUACAGGUCAUGAAGUUGCCACACCUGUCAGUGGCACCAUGUUUUAGCUUAGGCCUUGAAGAGAAAACACAUGCAUUAAUUUCAAUAAAGGGAAAAGACUGGGUACAGCAGAAAUGUAAAUACGGACAUUGGUGCGUUUAAUUUCACAAGCUGAAAUGUUUAUUUAUUAUGGCUAUUUAAGUUUCUAAUAGGUUGUCACUGAAUGUACAGUGUUGUACAGAAGAGCAGAUUCUAAGCAGAAUAGAGGUUUAAAGGGAAAUUCCACAGAUAUUUCAUCAUUUCUGCAUUCAAAGUCAUUCAAAGUGGUUUAACCAUUUAUCGCUUUUGGCAAAAAUCAGUUGUUUUCUUUAGUUUCAAAAGUUAUUUAAUUUUUAAGCGCCUUCAUGAAUGAAGAAGUAUGUCUACAUAAUACAUAAACUAAAUAAACAACCAGUGAACACAAAUGCACUGUAUGCACAAGUUCUCUGAACAACCCUAAAACCUAUUUCUGAGGUACCCAAAGGUUUUCAAAUGCAGGCACAGCUUGUAUUAUAUCUAUACCAAAGCAUUGUCAAUAGAAUAUGAGUUUCUGUAACAACUGCACACAAUCCUCUUCACCAUUGCCCAAUGUUAAGUUUCAGUUAAGGGUUGUAGUUGUUAUCAAGAAGUAAUCAUCCAGCGUCCUCACUAAUGAUGUUAUGGCUGAAUGCAAACAAAUCCUCAACAAUCUAAUGUUUUUGUUUUUUUUAAUAUACUGCCUUAUAUAAUAACUGCAUUAGGCAAUAUGAUUGUUGUUUUAAAAGAAUUAUAUACCACUGAUAAAAUUAUAAUAGAAUUCCAUAAAAUUGCAACUUGAAAUUAUUAAGAGUAUUCAGACAUAAGAAUAUAUAUAUAUAUAUAUACAGCAAAUUAACUAUUUUUUAAUAUCCUUGAUUACAGUUGUAAGCAGGUGUCCACAUACCUUUGGCCAUGUAAUGUAUGUCACUUCACUGACAACUGUUAUAGCCUACACAUAAAAGUGAUAAAGUAGUGGUGAGUAAAAAGGAAUAUUUGACCAGUGUACCUUACAAAACAUUAAUACUCUAUAAACAAUGUUUUGUCCAAUCCUUUAAAUCUCAAUCAUCAAAUCAUAAAAACGUGUCUCAGGAAUCAGACAGUGUAUUUGUAUAUGUUUUAUGCAAUAACUUUCUGUGAGGCAUUUUUUACAGGUAUAAAAAGUCAUGUUUUUUUCUGACUUGGUUUUGGCACGUUUCUUAGCACAUCAGACCACUCUGAAUGACUUUGUUUGCUUCGGAAUUAUACUGAAAUUUAGGAAAACUUGGUGGAGCUUCCCUUUAAAAUAUUAGAAAGUAUGCUAAAUUUGUAUUUUUAUGAAUAGAAAACAAUAAAACAUUAUAUUUUUCCAA